CGGCCCCUGCCAGGUGCAGGGAUGUGCGGGCUUGUCAACCCCAAGCUCGGGCUGGUUCUUGCUGCUCUCCUGUCCAGCAGGAACCCGCACUGCUGCCUGUGUUGUGUCCCGGGCUCCAGGCCCCGGGAUCCUGCCUGAUGUGGAGCCUGGGGAGAGAGGGGGUCUGCAGGGUCUACCCGUCCUUCCGCUGCUGGUGAAGCUGCCACGCACCAGGCAGUGAUUGUGACUCCUGGUUCCCAGUACCAAGGGAAGACCACUUCUCUGCUGGGGCAGAGGUGGGACCAGAGCCCCCAUCUCUGCUCUGCUCCGCUCUGCUCGAGUCUUCUGGAAUGGACCUACCUGCCGGGAAACCAGGUCACCCUUGUUCCUGGGCUUGCCUGCCCCCCGGGGAACACAGGUGGCCCGGGCAGUAGAAGCAGUGGCCGUGAGGCUGUGGCAGCAGCACUCACAGCCGAGGAUGCCCCAGGCCCCGGAGUGUUCGGAGGGCUACUGGGCCUGGAUGGUGCUCCUGGCCUCUGUGGUGACCCAGGGCCUCACCCUGGGCUUCCCCACGUGCAUCGGCAUCUUCUUCACUGAACUGCAGCGUGAGUUCCAGGCCAGCAACAGCGAGACCUCCUGGUUCCCCUCCAUCCUGACAGCCAUGCUCCAUGCAGGGGGACCCUUGUGCAGCAUCCUGGUGGGGCGCUUCGGCUGCAGAGCGACGGUGAUGCUGGGCGGCGUGCUGGCCAGCCUGGGCAUGGUGGCCGGCUCCUUCAGCUGCACCCUCGGCCAGCUCUACCUCACGGCAGGCUUCAUCACAGGCCUGGGCAUGUGCUUCAGCUUUCAGUCGAGCAUAACUGUGCUGGGAUUCUACUUCACCCGCUGGCGGGUGCUGGCCAACGCGCUGGCCUCGGCGGGCGUCUCCCUGGGCAUCAUGCUCUGGCCACUGCUCUCCCGCUAUCUCCUGGAGGACGUGGGCUGGAGAGGCAGCUUCCUCAUCUUCGGCGGGGUUCUUCUCCACUGCUGUGUCUGUGGGGCCAUCCUGAGGCCCGUGCCUGCCACUGCGACCCCUGAGACCAGAGAAGGCCUCCCUCCACCUUCCAAGAGACCCGCACGAGGCUGCCUGGCAGCACACGGUCGGGCCGUCCAGCGCCACCUGGCCUUCGACGUCCUGCGGCACAACGUGGGCUACCGCGUGUACACACUGGGAGUCGUCUGGAUGAUCAUGGGUUUCCCACUGCCCCACGUCUUCCUGGUGCCGUAUGCCAUUUGGCACGGGGUGGAUGAACACAGGGCGGCCCUGCUCAUCUCCAUCAUUGGCUUUAGCAACAUCUUCCUGCGGCCCAUGGCUGGGCUGGUGGCAGGCCGGCGGGACUUUGCCAGUCACCGCAAGUACCUGUUCAGCCUGGCAGCCCUGCUCAACGGGCUCACCAACCUGGUGUGCGCGGCUUCGGCCGACUUCCGGGUGCUGGUGGGCUACUGCCUGGUGUACAGCGUGUCCAUGAGCGGCGUUGGUGCUCUCCUCUUCCAGGUCCUCAUGGACGUUGUCCCCAUGGACCGGUUCUCCAGCGCCCUGGGCCUCUUCACCGUCCUGGAGAGCGUCUCCAUCCUCAUCUCCCCGCCACUGGCUGGACUCCUCCUAGACACCACCAGCAACUUCAGCUAUGUCUUCUACAUGUCAAGUUUCUUCCUCAUCUCAGCCGCCCUCUUCAUGGGUGGCAGUUUCUGGGCCCUGGGGAAGAUGGAGAGGCAGGGCCCGCGGGCUGAGAUGGAAGGAGCUGUAACAGAGGCUGCCCCAGAGCAGGGCCUCACUAUGGAGGACACAGACGGUCCCAAGAAGCAGCUGCGCAUGGAGAUCAUGUAUGUGACCAGCGUCUGAGCCCUGGGA